AUGUUAGGAGGUAUUUUAUUAAUUAUUCAUUUAGAAUUGAUCCUGGUUCAUUUAGUACCAAUUGAUGAGAAUAAAUUUACAUUACAACGUUAUCGACAUAAACGAUGGGCAUAUUAUGAAAUACAUAAAUGUGGUCGUAUUAAAGGAUAUAGUUGUUUGGAACAUCGUCAUUGUUAUGAACGUUAUCUACGUCAUGAUAUGGUUUGCUUUGAAGUUUAUCCAUGUUUAAGUUCAUGUAUAUUUAUUGCUCAGUUAUAUGAUUAUGAAAAAUUCGCACAACAAGUUGAUCGUUUAAUGCUUACUGGAAUCCCUGUCAAUAAUCAUGAUGAUGCAGUGAAUUUUGUACGUGAAAAAACAAAGAAAUUAGCCGCAGAUUUAAAUAUGUCAUUGCCAUUAGGCGGAAGAACAUAA